GCCAGUGUGCAUUCUAGGAGAUUCUGCAUUCCGAUUCUCCACCUCUUUAAUGAAGCCAUACCCGUUUAGCAUGGCCUUAACAGAAACCCAAAAGCUGUUCAACUAUAAUCUGUCGAAAUGCAGAAGAGUAGUAGAGAAUGCCUUUGAACAUUUAAAAGCGCGUUUCCGACGAAUCGGCAAAGGUAUAGAUAACCGAAUAGGUAACGCACCGGUUAUUGUUAGAGCCUGCUGCGUUCUUCAUAACUUUUUGAACGAAAGAAAUGAUUACAUUAAUGAGAUUUGGAUGGCGAGAUUGCAAGAAGUAAAUAUAAAUCGAGAAAAUCCUACAGAUUAUGUUGUAGUUGGUGACAAUGAACCCUCCGCUGAAGUAAUAAGAAACGCUUUGUGUAAUUAUUUUAGUUCCAUCGCUGAGGCUGAGGUGCUUGGUGGGGAUGACGGGUAAGCAAGCGGCGGGGACGGUGAAGGCAGCGGUGUGAUUUGAAGUGUGGGUAGAGGUGAUGGCAGCGGAGUUAACAGCGGUGACAA